AUGCCCAUCUGCAUCGAAUGCUCCUACCCUGUCUCGCAUCUGUACAGCACCUACAGUCGCGCAGAUGACCGGUCGUUGGGCAAAGGCGUGCGCCUGACGCAAUGCCCGCGCUGCCAGCGAUUCGCCGACAAAUACGUCGAAUAUGACUUUGUUGUCAUCUUCAUAGACCUUGUCCUGAUCAAGCCUCAGGUAUACCGACACCUCCUAUUCAACCGACUCGGAGGCGACGAUAACCAAUUCGACCGCUCGAUCGUUCGUCUCGGCAUUCUCCUCCUCCUAUUCGACGUCUACCUGACGUGGGCACGCAUCGAGAAAACCCAGACCCUAUCCACGACGUUCCUCGCGCGCGCGCCCAUCGUCAUCCAAUACUUCUUCUUCCUGGGCCUGAACGCCCUCGCCACGCUCGCUCACCAUCUGACGAUCCGGUUGCUGGCCUCGAUUCUCGCCCCGGUCCCUAGAGGGCUAGAGCAGAAUGGCCAGAGCAGCGGCAACAGCACGACCGACACACCAUCCCACCCGUCGACACCUGUCUUUCCCUCUUUUCCUGCGCAGGCGGGCGCUCAACCGCAGUUAUCGCCCACGUCGACGUCGGCCCUGAGCCCGCCUCGCCUGCACUCGCAAUCGUCGGCUGUGGAUGGUUCGUCGACAAAUGGUGCUGCCGGCACAGGCAAUGACAACAACCCGACCCUUAAUACCAAUCCUCCACCGCCAGCGCAUUACGCCCAUCCUCCUCCACCACCACCCCUGCGUCGUGCUUCCACGGCUCCCACGCAAAACAUCCAGCCCCUACCGCCCCCAUCACCCGCAAGUCCCACCGCCAUCAGCACCGCCCUGCUCGUCAGCAGCUGCGUGAAACUCUUCCCUAUUCUACUCGUCAUCUGGGGACCAGAUGGUGGCGGCAGCAACAACAACAACAAUAACAUAUCAGAGUCAUCUCACGCCCUCGCGCUCGAGACCAGCCAAUCCAUCUCCUCCUCGGACCUCCCCACCCAAGCACUAAACAGCCUAACACCCUCCGCGACAACCGCCUUGUCCGGGACAUCAGAGUCGCCGACCCUCUUGGAGAGUCUGAUCCAUUUGAUGCCGGCCUCCGUACCUACGAACUACCUAGCCAAUGUGAUCGAGCUGGCCGGAUCGUUGCUGUCGCUGGGCGCAGCGGAUACGCAUCUCGUGCUGCUGAGUAAUAUCGAGGCACUGUAUAUCUUGUUGGGGUGUGGGUAUCUUCGCGCGAUGGCGUUGGCUGUCACGGGGCUGCUGGCGAGGUGGACGGUGCAGAAGGUUAUUUUGGGGGUUGUGGGGGUUGGCUAA